AAUUCGCCUCGCUCUGCUCAAGCUCAGGAUGGCGUUUCUCACUGGCGAAGACAUGAAGAUGUGCUUCUCGCUCUUCUGCGUCGUCUACGGCAUUGGCACGCUGGGUAUGCCGGGCAACUACGCCCGCGCCGGCUACGUCUGGGCGACGAUCGCGCUCAUCUUCAUGGCGACCGUCAACACGUACGCGACGGUGUGCAUCUCCAAGGUCAUGAUGGUGGCGCCCAAGAACGUCAAGACGUUUGGCGACAUGGGCGAGUGGUGCAUGGGCGGCCUCGGUCGCUGGAUGGCCGUGAUUUCGCAAAUGGCCGUGUGCCUCCUCGUGCCGAUUGCGUUUUUGGUGCUCGGCGGCUCGCUCCUCACGGUGCUCUUCCCCGACUCGUACCCGGACUCGACGUGGAUCUACCAGCAAAUGGUCUACACCAACACGACGUACUACAGCGGCAAGAAGCUCUAGACUCCAAUGUUGUCUCCUGCGCAAGUAAAAAGAAAUGUAAUGUG